CAGUCAGACGGAUGUGCAGUGAAGCAGCCAGUGGGGCUGAGAACUCAGUCCUGCCCUGGGAACAAUCAUGGCCCUGCGAUGGAUAUUUCUCCUGCUCCUCACACCUCUGCUGGCAGAAAAAGAGCACGAUGAGCUAGAUCUCAAUGACUAUGGAGAACCCCAGGAAACAGGAAGAUGUAAAGCUCCCUCCGACUGGGACCCCAAGCUGCAGUUUACCCCAAACCAGAGGAGUUACGCCUUGAACCAGCUGGUGCAGCUGAGCUGUGCUGGGAAGUCUAUGCCAUCAGUCCCCCAGAUCAGAUGCAUUUCCAGCGGGACCCAGGCCCUGUGGAAUGAGACUGCCACCUGCAAGGAGAGAUGCCAGAAGCCCCAGUGGGUCUCAAAGCUCCACUUUACCCCAAAACAGAAUUUUUACUGGCUGAAGGAGGAGGUGACACUGAGCUGCUUUGAGAAAGACCCUCCUCCCCUUGCUGUGAUGAGAUGUGCAAAUGGGACUUCUCCAGGUUGGAGGCGUGCUUGGGAGGUGAAGGACAUCCAGGGAACAUGGCACAAGUUGGCAGAGAGACUGAACUGCAGCACAGAAAAUUGCACAAAACCUGAGUGGGAUGAACAACUCAAGUUUCCAGAAAACAACAGUGAAUUCCCACAGAAUGAUCAUCUGCAACUGACAUGCCCUAAAGAUCUCAAGCCAUCCUUCUCUGAGGUCAAAUGUGCAAAGGAACUUCAGGAAGUGAAUUCUGGAAAACCAUCCUAUAGACAGGCCUGGUGGGGCAGGAAGAGCACAAAUGCCUGGAUGCGCAUUGAGGGGGGCGUACAGUGCCUUGGAAUGUGCCAAAGACCCCAGAGCGACUCCAAACUCCAGCUGAUACCAGACCAGGAGAAUUACAUGGAGGAUGAGGAAGUGCUGCUGAGCUGUCCGGAGGGUUUCCAGCCAUCUUUCACCAAAAUCAAAUGUUGGAGCGAAGUCGAGUUCCCCAUUCAUAGGAAACCUGUGUCUUGGUGGGGAAAUAACACCAAAGGUGUCUGGACCCACAUUCCCCCCUAUGUGAUGUGCAACGAAACGUGCCAAAGGCCCCCUUGGGCCUCCAUCUUCCAGCUGGCACCAGACCAGGAGAGCUACAGGAAGAACGAAGAAGUGAUGCUGAGCUGCCCCGAAGGUUUCCAGCCAUCCUUCACCCAUGUCAAAUGUUCGAGUGAAGUCCAGUCCUUCAUUGAUGGGAAACCUGUCUACAGAGAGGUUUGGCUUGGAAGACAUACCAGAGGUGCCUGGAUCCGCAUUCGCUCCAGCAUGGAGUGCCUUGAAGUGUUUCAGGUUGUCCCCAGCACCUUUGAGAUCUCCAGCACCAGCAUCAAACUGAACUGGACCUGCAGGUUCUCUGGUGCCUGCCAGGGCAUGCGGGCCAUGUGCCGCCUGGCAGUGCCUUCCUCCCCUCCCUGCGAGGCUGAGGAGGUGGAGGGAGAGGAGAUGUUACAUGGCCAGGAGGGAACAUUCUCCUGCUCCCAGUUGCAGCCCUUCACUGACUACAGUGUCACCAUCUUCUUGCACCCCAACACGACCCUUUUCUCAUGGUUGUUCAGGACAGAGGAAACAGUGCCAGACAAACCAGAGGAACUGUGGUUGGAUACCAGCAGAGGGUCCCUGAGGUGGAAGGAGCUGCCCUCCUGCAAAGGGGAGAUCAUUGGAUACCAGCUCAACCUCACCGCCCCCAUGGACUUCGUUUUGGGCAACGGCACCUGGGGGCAGGGCUACCACAACGCUGCCCUGCGCCCCGGCUGGGACUACACGGCCCUUCUGCGCCUCGUCCGCCGCUCACCGCAGUCAGAGAAGUUCACCUGUGUCUGCUACAGCUUCUCUAUUGGGCAGGAGCCGGUGUCUCUGCUGGGCAGGAAGCCCCUGGUUCUGACAGUAGUGCUGGUUGCUGCACUCCUGGCACUGGGAAUCUUACUGUUCUUCAUUCUCUUCAGGCUAAAGUACAACAGUUCAAAAACCUCAGAGAACAACAGCUCUAUCCCGCUGAGAAGAUGUCGAGGAGGUGCCUGCAAGCUGAACACACAGAUCCCAGUGGAGGAACUGCUGGAGGCUCUGAAGAGGUUUAAGAGGGAAGAAAUAGAGGCAGAGCAGACAGAUGAUGAAUCAGUUGACAGGCGUGGUGUCGGGCAUCUUAGAGAAUAUCAGCAACUGUCCUCUGCUUUGUUGCACCCCUGCAAUGCUGGGAAGGAGCAAUGUAAUCAGAGCAAGAACCGCUACAAGAGCAUCAUCCCAUAUGAUCACUGCCGUGUGGUGCUGCAGCCCUCUGGUACAGGGAAUGACUACAUCAAUGCCAGCUAUGUGGAUAGCUAUGGAAGUCCACACUUCUUCAUUGCAGCUCAAGGCCCCUUGGCUGAGACAGUGGUGGAUUUCUGGCAGAUGGUCUGGCAGGAGAAGACCUCGGUCAUUGUGAUGCUGACAGGCUUAGUGGAGCAAAACAAGAUCAAGUGUGAGAAGUACUGGCCAGAGCAGGAGGAGGUCUACGGGGACUUUACUGUGACACUCAACAACACCAGGGCCACCACAGGCCUUGUCACACGCACAUUCAGCCUGCAGAAGGCAGGCUGUGCUCUCCCAAGAGUGGUGGAGCAGUUUCACUACCUGCUGUGGCCAGACCACGGAGUCCCCAGAAACACCUCCCAGCUCCUGUGCUUAGUGGCAGUGGUGAACAAGAGGGUGUUGGAAGCACCUGCUGGGCCUGUGUUGGUGCACUGCAGUGCAGGGAUCGGGCGCACAGGUACCUUCAUUGCCCUGGACUUCCUCUUGAAGAUGGGGAAGGCUGAGGGGAAGGUGGAUGUGUUUCGCUGCGUGCAGCAGCUGCGGGAGCAGCGAGUCAGCAUGGUGCAGACCAAGGAGCAGUACACCUUCCUGUAUGAAGCGCUGCUCGAAGGCUUGCUCUGCGGCAACACCGGGGUCCCUGUGGAGAGCAUCGCCACCCUUGUCCACUCUCUUCGAGAAGCUCAGACUUCAAGGCCCAACAGUGUCCUUGACAAGGAGUUCAAGGCCUUGCAGAAGUUUUCUGAGUUGUUCCAGCUCCUGCCAUGCAGAGAAGCAGAGAAACCCAGCAACCAGCCCAAGAACCGCAAGCCAGGGAUCCUGCCAGCGGAUUCCUGCCGGCCCAUCCUGAUGUCCUCGCUGAACGCAGACGGCUCCCCAGGUUACAUCAACGCCGUGUUUGCCAGCACAUACACCGAGGAGGAUAGAAUCGUCAUCACCCAGCUGCCUUUCCCCACCACGCUGGUGGAUUUCUGGGCUCUGGUCUGGGAUUACACUUGCACAUCAGUGGUUGUGCUGAAUCAGCUCCAGGAGCUGGACAAGACAUACGUGGAGUUCUGGCCCACCCAGGGCGAAGAUGACUAUGGCCGUUUCCAUGUCCAACUGGUCUCAGAGGAGCCUGGAGCUGGCUUCACAGCCUGGACACUUGCCCUCACCAACAGGCAGCAGCCCAAAAAGUCAGCACUGGAAGUCCAGUUAUGGCAACUGAAGGACUGGCCUAUGCAGGAGCGUCUUCCCCCGCACCCUGCCACCAUCAUCAGCUUGCUAGGGAAAGUGGAGACACACCAUCGGCAGAGCCAAGGUGGACAUAUCCUCGUCACCUGCUGGGAUGGAGCCAGCCGAAGUGGGAUCUUCUGUGCUGCUAGUUUCCUGUGUGAGCAGAUCCAAAGUGAGGGGAUGGUGGAUGUAUCACAGGCCGUGAGGACGCUGAAGAGGCGGCGGAGACAGCUCAUCAAAGAUGUGGAGCAGUAUGGGCUCUGCUAUGAACUGGCCCUCAGUUACUUGAAUUCAUUUGAAACCUAUGGGAAUUUCAAGUAGAGACGUGACCACAGUCCAUCUCUGGACAGGACUUUGACUCUCUUGGCAGACCUUCAUCAGUAACAAUGAAAACAAGAGGAAACAAAAGGGAUGUGCACAGCCCCAAGAUGAUUUACUCCCCUGAAAAGCCACAGCAAGGGUCUUCUGUGGCUGGAGAGCACAGGCUGGACUGUCUCCAAAUUGUGGUCAGGCUUUGAAGUAGGAAGCUGACCCUUUGCCCAGUAUUUGUGCAGUAUCUUAUCUGGAAUCACAGCCUGAGUAUGCACGCCAGAGCACGGGCACCAGGACUUGACAUACUCUUCCUUCCUAGGGAUGAAGAGAACAGCUAUCCCAUCUAGGCUCUCUUGUCCCUUCAGGCAACCCCAGGGGAGGUGGGGUAGCACCAACAUCUGUGUUUUGCCAGGAAAGCACCAAACUACUGUAAGAUCUGUGGUGCUCAGGAGCACAAGCUAUCUGUCCUACUUUGGGAGAAACAUGAAGUCCAAGGCCAACAAGAGCCAAGAAUGGGGCAAGCCAUGGUCCUGUAGGGCUAAAUAGGUCCUUCCAACCCACACAAUCUUUCUGGAAAUCCAUUUUCCAGGUACUGAUCCAAGUGCCACAACCCUGCCAGCUCCAGAGGGGCUCCUUCAUCAGCCUGACUUCGCUAUGACAAUCCCAAGUUAUAGUGGCUUAACUUGGAUAUCCUGGAUGUGAUUCCAGCAGGGGCUGCUGCUGCAUCAUGGAGACUGGUUCUGCCUUUGCUGUGUAAGGGCAAGAGACCUCAGAGCCAGGACUGACCCCGGGUCCUGACUGGCUGUGGCUCUCUGUCCUGUGUCUCACCAGUAAAGACCCUGUAACAGCCACGGUGGUGGUAACCUCUGGUCUUCACUUUUCUUCCAGGUUUGACCCAGCACAAGGCCCUCAAAGAAACUGAGACCACACAGGUCCCUCAGCU